CGACAACAUCACUGAGUAUUCUUAUCAGGAGCAUGCUUUCAUUAUCCUGUCAGAGUUUUACCAGGGUUACGGCUGCUGCAGACAUAUCUUCAUCCAACCGGCAUACUCUGAGAAAGCUCUAAAGACAAAAAUGGAGAAAAUUACUGCUACCCCUUUCUAUUACAUCGAUGCCACUGAUGUAUCCGAUGCAAAUGACUCUCUGUAUGAAGAUGACGAGUAUGCUGAGCUCAGAAAGUCUCUCCACUCCAUGUCUCUCGUUGUUUACUGCCUGGCCUUUGUUCUUGGUGUUCCCGGGAAUGGAGUAGUUAUCUGUGUGACCGGAUUCAAGAUGAAGAAAACAGUUAACACAGUUUGGUUCCUCAACCUCGCUGUGGCCGACUUCCUCUUCACAGCAUUCCUGCCCCUGAGUGUGGCGUACCUGGCUUUGGAUUUUCACUGGCCUUUCGGCAAGUUCAUGUGCAAACUUCAUGGCACUGUAAGCUCCCUGAACAUGUUUGCCAGUGUCUACAUUCUGGUGGUGAUCAGUGUGGACAGAUGUGUGUCUGUGGUGUGGCCCGUCUGGGCCCAGAACCACCGAAAUGUGCAGAAGGCGUCAUUUGUGAGUCUGGGUGUUUGGAUACUGGCUCUGAUUCUCAGCGCUCCAUACUUCAUCUUCAGGGACACUGGUUCCUCAAUGUACGAUGACGACACCAUCAACUGCUUAUACAACUUUGCAUUUUCUGAUGACUAUGAAACACCAUCUGUGAAUCAGCUGCGACAGUUUCGUCAUCAGGCCAUGAUCAUCAGUCACUUCCUCCUGGGAUUUGUUGUCCCCUUCACUGUCAUUGUCUCCUGCUAUGCUGUGAUAAUCCAUCGAAUCAGAAGAAACCACACCCUGGCCAGCCAGUCAAGUCGCCCUUUUAAGGUCAUCGCUGCAGUUAUCACCACUUUUUUCCUGUGCUGGACUCCCUAUCACAUCAUGGCUUUAAUUGAGGCAGUGAAAUACAUGCCUAACCACACGAGUGAAACAUUAGACCAUGUUAUCGUUAUUGGUACUCCUUUUGUAAAGAGUCUGGCCUUUCUCAACAGCUGCCUGAACCCACUGCUGUAUGUCUUCAUGGGCCGAGAUUUCAAAGACAGAGUUCAUAAAUCCAUCCUGAAUGUUUUGGAGACUGCCUUCCAGGAGGACAUGUCUCGCGCUAACACCUACAAAAAGUCUGCAGUCACCAGUCGAAGCAAGUCAGUGCAUGAUGGUGUGGUAUAAGAUUAUCAAUAAAUACAGGGCUGCCCCUGACCAAAUUGGGGCCCUAAGCGAAAUUUUAUUUAGAGGCCCCCAUCCCAAAUGUAUCAUAGGUACAAAAUGACCGUACAACAACUUGCCAUUUAACUUGACAACCUUUAUUGGCAAUAACAAAUUUACUGUAGAUACAGUAGUUUAGCUGUAUGAGUCAAAUGCAAUAAAAAAUUCAACCUGAAAUAAAUAAAUAAAUAAAUAAAUAUUAACUAAAAAUAACUUCAAACUGAAAUAAAUAAAUAAACAAAUCGGAGUCACAAAUAGCCAUCAAUUACUCAUCAAAAGAAAGUAAAUUCCACCACCUCAAUCCCCCACCCUUGAUUAAACACUGAAAAUAAAACAAAAGAUGGAGACAGGUUUUUCCUAUUUAAUCUUAUUUUGUUAUAUUUCUCCCUCUCC